AUGGGUGCCCUCUUGUCAGGGGAUGAACCCCAAGAAUUCCCCCUGGUGGUCCGAGGCCCGAUUCUCGAGGCUCUAACUCUUCACGUCGGGGGCUUGAGCCCCAGCCGGCCCUUCAGCUCCUGCCAGAGCUGCCCUCCCUCCACACGGGUCCCAGGGCUUCGGGCCUGGCUUAAGGCCCCUCCCAGCAGGUGGGGGUCCCCUGAGCCCUUCUGGCCAGGCACGGCUGCUAGCAGUCGGCACCAAGGCUUGCUUUCAAUCAAGGAUGCCAUUCUGGGCGGGGCAGGCGCUUGUCUGUCCCUGUGCACAGCUUUCCUCCUGCCGUGGCUGGCCAGUGGAGGCCGUGCUCGCUGGAAACCAGAGGUGUUCUGGUCUUGGGUGGUUGGUGGCUGCCCCGAGGCCACCUUCCCUAAAGGCUUCCUGGGAUCUGAGACGGAGAGGCCCGCUUCCUCUUGGAGAUUGCCCUCCCCGCUCCCCCUAAGGCCCAGGGAUUUUCUGUUGAAUCCAGACCCUCGGCUUCCAAAUCCAGCCUCGCCACCCCUCCAGGGUCUGAGCGUGUCGCUUCUCGGGAAGCCCCUCCAGAGAGAUGAAGAAUUACAAGAUGGCGCACGCAGCCACAUUGUCACCAGACUAAGAGUACUGGAGAGGGCUAAAGGAGACAACCAAAGGAAUUCAUUUGGCCCUUUCGCUUUUGCCUGCGGUCCGCCGCCUACUGGCAGCCGUGCCAGCUUCCUGGCAUUGCCGCUUCCAAGUUUCGUCGUGGCGCCUCAGAAGCUGACCGAAGGGGGCCCCCUGGGGCGGGGCGACCUGGUCGAGUCACUUUACCGGAGCUUCGCGCUCUCUCCGCCUCUGGGUCUCGCAGAGCAGGAGGCUCUGCUCUCAUAAUCCCCGACUCGGGGGGGCAUUUAGCAGCUGUGUUGGGAAUUAGCCAGACCCUGCAGAGGGUGGGAAGAGCUGAAAAGCCGGGGAGGUUUGGCCCAGGCCACGCCGGCCAUUACUGGGACCUUUUCAGCUGGCGGCCCGUCGGAGGGGUGCACGCUCUUUUUCAAUCGGGCAAAUGCAAAAUGAGGAAAUCGGGACCCCUUUUCCGGAGGGGGACUGCCGAGACGACAUCCUCGGAGAUGUCCGGCUUCCUGAGGGAUGCCCAGGGCAGAGCUCCCUCUUCAUCCGGGAUGUGCAAAGCGAUCUGCUUGUCCGCCCUCGUCCCCAUUCCCCGCGUUGUGCCAGCUGCUGGGCUGGGGCUUCACACCGAAUUCCUGGUGGGAAAAUGGGCCUCCCCGCCACUGCGUAGCUUGAAAGGGGGAAGAAGGAGCCGUAGUGGAUGCUCGUGGACUUGGGCUGGCUUGAUGCCAGCUCGGGGGGGCACGCUAGGGUUAGCUCGAUGACGGAUGGUUCCUGUGCGUCUUGUGGGCCCUCUGGGGUCUCCUGCCGUUUUCACGAAUCGUCCACAGAGGAGGCCGCCCGAGAUUUGUUCUCCUGUAUUGCCACAACUCGGCUUCUGCGCAGCCUUGGCCGCUGGCUUGUGAAGUAGGGGAUUCCCUUGGGAAUCGUGUUCCUCGUUCUGCUCCUUGGCUGAAGUGGCUCUUGGGCUGUUUGACUGGGGCCUCCUGGGCCUUCUCAAUAAAGCGGUGCACUAUUAACAUCC